AAAGUGAUGCUCAGAAUGAUCAAGUUGACUAAAUUUGCUUGGGAUGGCAUAUUUACACCAGGGACACUUCAGAUACCAAAAACACCAGGUGCACUCAAAGAGCUUGAAUCCAUUCAAAAGGUAUUGGAUCUGUAUGUUUGGUUGAGUUUCCGAUUAGAGGAGUCAUUCCCAGACCGUGAGCUUGCAUCUUCACAGAAGUCCAUCUGCCACCUGUUGAUCGAAGAGUUUCUAGAGAGAUUUGGUUUGCAAAAGCAGAGGCCCAAGGCCAAGAGAUUAGCUUCAAAUACUACCUUAACUUCCCUAUUGUCCCAAAAGAACAUAGCCUACUUGUGAGAUAUUUAUCAUUUCUUCAACUUGUCUAUUCCUUUCUUCUAUGCUCAGUUAGAUCAUGCAGAAGCUUGAGAAAACUUGGAAUUCCUAAAGAUCUCCGCCUUCAAUCUGAUAUCUAACCAUACAUCAACUUCUCAGACAGCAAUAAGCUCCAGUCUUUUUAAGAAAAGCUCGGCGCUUCUGAUUUGUAUUUUAUAUUUUUGUUUUUAGCAAAAAUGUAAAGUAGCUCAAAUUGUAAUUAUUAAUGAUCGUAAUCAUUUGUUCUUGUUGUAUGCAACAUGGGUGACAGCAAUCUAAUUAAAGUAGUGGAAGAGUUUUCUUCUUCCCCUGUACGAGUCUCUCUCUGUCCGGAGUUUGUAUUCAU